AUGGCACAGCUCCCCUCCCAUGGGAGGCGGCCAGUGGAGAAUUGUGGGGAGUAUGGAGGUUUGACGCGCCUAAGAAAGGAUCAACGUCGCCUCAUCACAGAAAGCUCCAUGAUCUUGGAAUCCAAGAUCGCCGACCAUCCUGAGCUCUUCACUUCAUGCUCCUCCAUCAGAGAGACGCUUGGACUCUUCCUUUUUUGCCAUCAUCUACUGGACGCUCCCUCGGCCGUGCUUGAGAACGAUGCCCAGUUGGUGGAAGCAGCGUUUGGUCGUAUCAAGCUCUUUGGAAGUGCCGCAAGAACUGUUCUCGACGAACCACUGGCGUUGAAGGCGACCAUCAACUACUUGCAGGAAAAGGAUCCGUCACUCGUGGCGGCCGCAGAGCGGUCGAUGCUGCAUUCGGACAACCCCUCGGUGCACGGAAACAUGUGGGAGACCCUGAUGCCGCCCAUCUUUGUCGAGACGUUCAAGGAUCGACCGUUGUCGUAUGACCUUUGCUGACCAACACUUCUCUUCCGGAUCAGCUCACAGGGGAGGCGACGAUUGUUGGAUACGACGAUCAGCAACCAAAACUCGCCAUCCGCAACGCCACGUCGAGUUUCUAGACACGUUGAAGAGACCCAAGCGCCUUUCAGAAGAACAGCAGCCCGAGGCAACAAAGAAGGUCAAGGUAGGCAAACAAGCCUAAAAGAUUGAAG